AUGGAGGCAGCGGCGCGGAGGCGACAGCAUCCGGGAGCGGCGGGCAGCGCGAGCGCGCAGCCGGGCGCCUCCUUCCCGCAGGCCAGGCACAGCGCCGCCAAGGCUGAUGAAGCUGCAAGCACAGCUCCCUUUCACCUUGACCUCUGGUUCUACUUCACCCUGCAGAACUGGGUUCUAGACUUUGGCCGCCCCAUUGCCAUGCUGGUGUUCCCUCUCGAAUGGUUCCCACUCAACAAGCCCAGCGUGGGGGACUACUUCCACAUGGCCUACAACGUCGUCACGCCCUUCCUCCUGCUCAAGCUCAUCGAGCGGUCCCCUCGAACCCUGCCGCGCUCCAUGAUCUACAUCAGCAUCAUCACCUUCGUCAUGGGCGCCAGCAUCCACCUGGUGGGCGACUCCGUGAACCACCGUUUGCUCUUCAGUGGCUACCAGCACCACCUGUCUGUCCGGGAGAAUCCCAUCAUCAAGAAUCUCAAGCCAGAGACGCUGAUCGACUCCUUCGAGCUGCUCUACUACUACGACGAGUACCUGGGCCACUCCAUGUGGUACAUCCCCUUCUUCCUCAUCCUGUUCAUGUACUUCAGCGGUUGUUUCACUCCCAUCAAAGCCGAGAGUUCGAUGCCAGGGGUGGCCCUGCUCCUGGUGAUGCCCAGUGGCCUAUACUAUUGGUACCUGGUCACCGAGGGCCAGAUCUUCAUCCUCUUCACCUUCACCUUCUUCGCCAUGUUGGCCCUUGUCCUGCACCAGAAGCGCAAGCACCUCUUCCUGGACAGCAAUGGCCUCUUCCUCUUCUGCUCCUUCGCCCUCACCCUCCUGCUUGUGGCGCUGUGGGUUGGCUGGCUGUGGGAUGACGCGGUGCUCAGGAAGAAGUACCCGGGUGUCAUCUACGUCCCUGAGCCCUGGGCCUUCUACACCCUGCACGUCAGCGGCCGACGCUGAGGCCCUGGCACCAGGCGCCGGCGCCCUGCCUGG